AUGGUGCGUAUCGCGCCGUUCAUCUGCGAAAUUUCGACAGGGAAAAGGUGGCGCGGCAGGCAAGUCAGACGCCGCGCCACAGCCGGACCUGGAGCGCCGCUUCUGAACCUGUCACGCACGACACGCCGACGGCUUGAUCGGUACUGUACUUCGCCGGCGGCGGUGGAUGCCUUGCGGGCCGCCGUUGCUAUAACGGGUUGUGUUUUGGACAUGUGCGGCGGACCGGAGGACGCCGUGGCACAAGGGUUUGGGGGCACGUGUACCAACCUGGACGCGAGCUUGGUUUAUUUUCCGGAUGAAUUUAUCAAAGACAACCCCGGAAAGAAACCUGACUGGGUCGUCACGAGCCCUCCGUACAAGGGUUCUGUGGGGUUUGUCCAUGCGGCUUUGGCGGUAGCGACGAAAGGCGUGGCACUGAAAUUAUCGCUAUAUUCCUGGAACCCUGUACCGACCGGGGAGGUCGGAGAAUUUUGGGGGGUGUGGUACACGGAUGGAAGCUACUGCGGCAACAGUGGGGUGUCGAGGCUUGUGUUCUGCCCUGAAUAGGGGGUGCUUGUAGGAGGAUACAGUAGUAUUUUUUUUUGUUGGGGCGGGGGUGAUAGCCGCUGACUUGCGGAUUGCUGCGCGUCUUUUGUGGAAGUGCACAGACGUUUCGCCUACACAGGUACACUUGCAGGUAGUUGAGUCCCAAUUAUUCGGGCUCGCUGUUGAUUUUGACGGGUGGGUGCUCCACGUUAGAAAGAGGUGUAUGACACCACGGCACCCAAUCUCGAGUUGGAAUGCAUCGACUCGAGGCCAUUCGCAGUACCUUCGAAACCUAACAAUAUGUUCCGGAUCGAUAAACCAACUCUUACUUCAUUUUUUCAUUAUUUCACCACAUCUCACAAAGACAUCUCAUUUCUCCCUUCCCCCCACGAGGCACCAACCAGUUGGCCCGGCGAUACAACCAACUGCUCUCGCCGACUGGUCCAAUCCAUGUCAUCGCGCUGCUCGUACUCUGCAACAUCAGCCUCGCGAAACCCACCGACACACAUGCCCCCGUUCAAACCGCCCACACCAGGCGAAACGUCAUCCUCAUCGCCGGAUUUUUCAUCGUCGCUCUCUCCCUCUGUCGAGUCACCCCCAUCUCUAUCGAAUAGCAUGAAAGUACCUGAACCCUCUUCUACGCAGCAAGCACGU